AAAAGACCGGUUAGAUGACUGAAACCUAUCAGAAACCCCCAGCUGCUCUGUGUACUGUAGCCCGAUCAUCAUGCGUGAAAUUGUACACCUGCAAAUUGGACAAUGUGGCAACCAGAUCGGCUCAAAGUUUUGGGAAGUGAUCAGUGAAGAACAUGGGCUCAAUGCAACAGGCCUCUACGAGGGAGAUAGCAACCUCCAACUGGAGAGGGUCAACGUCUACUUCAAUGAGGCACAAGGUGGUAAAUAUGUCCCCAGGGCCCUGCUUGUUGACCUGGAGCCUGGUACAAUGGACAGUGUAAGAGGAAGCCGCAUCGGGGCUCUUUUUAGGCCAGACAACUUCAUCCAUGGCAACUCUGGAGCUGGGAAUAACUGGGCGAAGGGCCACUACACAGAGGGGGCAGAGCUGGUGGAGCAGGUGAUUGACAGAGUGAGGAAUGAGUGUGAAAGCUGUGAUUGCCUGCAGGGUUUCCAGCUGGUUCACUCAUUGGGGGGCGGCACUGGCUCUGGCAUGGGAACCCUCAUCAUCAACAAGAUCCGGGAGGACUAUCCCGACCGCAUCAUGAACAGCUUCAGCAUCAUGCCUUCCCCUAAAGUCUCUGACACAGUGGUGGAGCCCUACAACGCCACCCUGUCAAUCCACCAGCUCCUGGAGAACACAGACGAGACCUUCUGCAUCGACAACGAGGCCCUCUACGACAUCUGUUUCCGCACGCUUAAACUGACCACACCGACUUACGGGGACCUCAACCACUUGGUCUGCAUGACCAUGAGCGGGGUCACAACCUCAUUGAGAUUCCCCGGACAGCUCAACGCAGACCUGAGGAAGCUGGCUGUCAACAUGGUGCCUUUCCCACGCCUCCACUUCUUCAUGCCGGGCUUUGCCCCCCUGACGGCCCGUGGCAGCCAACAGUACCGAGCCCUCACAGUGCCUGAGCUCACCCAGCAGAUGUUUGAUGCUCGCAACAUGAUGACGGCAUGCGACCCAAAGCGAGGCCGCUACCUCACAGUUGCUGGCAUGUUCCGGGGCAAGAUGUCUACUAAAGAGGUAGAUGAACAGAUGCUGGCAAUGCAGCAGAAAAACAGCAACUACUUUGUGGACUGGAUCCCCCAUAACGUCAAGGUUUCCGUGUGUGACAUCCCACCCCGAGGCCUCAAAAUGGCAGCCACCUUCAUCGGCAAUAACACGGCCAUUCAGGAGAUAUUCAGGCGUGUGGGCGAGCAGUUCUCCCUGAUGUUCAGACGCAAGGCUUUCCUCCAUUGGUAUACAGGGGAAGGUAUGGAUGAAAUGGAGUUCAACGAGGCGGAGAGCAACCUCAACGACCUGGUGUCGGAGUACCAGCAGUACCAAGACGCCACUGCUGAUCUAGGUUGGGAGGACGAAGAAGAGGCGGGACCCUCGCCUGCAACGACACAAGUGCAGUCUCAAGUGGAAGUUAAACUGAAAACAGUGACGGAAACAAGCGAAGAAACUGUAGAUGAGUAGAAGACAUGGUAGGUAGGUAGUGUAGGUUUGACAUCUUGUUGAGAGGAUGCUGAAAACAGAUGUUGGAUUGUUGGUCUGAAAAGGAACUAAUUAAUUUAUCCCUCUGGUUGAUUUAGAGUUUAGACUUUACUUGAUAAAAGGUGCUGUGGCAUUUAAACAAUAGUGCUUAUUGUCUUUUAUGUAUUCUUCAAAUGAUUUGUAGGCUUGUAUACUUUUUACUUCUUCAAGGAUUAGUUUUCUUUUAUAGUAAAUAUAUGAAAAUUAUUGAAAUUGUGCAUGUAUAUAUGCAAAGAUGUAUUUUAUGCUAGAGCUAUAUAAUCCACAGCCAUUGUGAUGCUAACACUGUUUAUGAGUUAUUAUUAUUAUUUUCAGACCUAAAGUAAAUGUUGAAUUGAGUGUUUUAUAUCUAAUUUAUGACGGUAAUUAAAAACAGUAAAACCAAA